AGGAUGCGUAGGAUAGAUGAAUAAAUGGGAUGAUGCGUAGAACUGUGUAUUUAAAAACUUAUUAGACAGCAAUAAUCAAAGACCAAGUUAUUUAUAAACUAUAUUAAGAGGAUUCGUAGGAACGACACACCAGGAACUAUCUUUCAGCAUACCAGUAUUAUUCCGCGUAUUUUGUAAACAAUAAGGAAGCCAUCUUAGCAAGUCCAAGAAUUUUAUCGAAAGAGAAAGGAAACAAUCAAGCGCCACAUAGUUAACAAUUUGCUAAAAUGAAGUGGGAGUAUAAAGAGGACCAUCCAUUUGAGAAGAGACGGGCCGAGGGAGAGAAGAUCCGAAAGAAGUACCCAGACAGGGUCCCCGUCAUAGUAGAGAAGGCCCCCAAGGCCCGAGUUGGUGACCUGGACAAGAAGAAAUACUUGGUUCCCUCUGAUCUGACCGUGGGUCAGUUCUAUUUCCUGAUCAGAAAACGUAUUCACCUGAGACCAGAAGAUGCUCUCUUUUUCUUUGUCAACAAUGUGAUUCCUCCCACUAGUGCAACAAUGGGCGCUUUAUACCAGGAACACCACGAGGAGGACUUCUUCUUGUAUAUUGCCUACAGUGAUGAAAGUGUGUACGGGGCUUGAAAAGGGCGAUGACCACAACAGGACUUGAUUUGUAUUAUAUCUCUUGUAUAUAUGUGUACUCAAACGGACAGGACGGGAUUGGAUGGACAGUGAUUAUAAAGAUACAGGACUAAAUAAAGGAAUCAAAUCGUAAUAUAUGUAAAAAAAUAUCAUAUAUAUAUGUGACAACUAUGAUGGAAAUCCUACCAGUUGAUUUGGGACAAAAUUCUAGAAUUAGACUGAGAAUAUUUCACAAUAUUUUUAUCAACAGUUGCCAAUUUGUGAUAUGAAUUUGGGUUCUGUUUUGAUGUGAAAUUGAACUGGAAAAAGAUGUCUUAAUAUAAGUGUGCUGGUUAAAAAACAACAACAACACUGUGAAUCACCAGUGUUCAAUAUGUAUGAAACAAAAUAAUGCAAUAGACCUUGAAAGUUGAUGACAGCUUUAACAACCUAGCAUUUAAAAAUCCCUUGAGAUAAUUUUUCCCCUGAAAAUACUAUAUCUUGUGUUACGUAGACUGAGUGUUCAUCAACCAACAUUAUACCCUGAUACUGCAGGCCUCGUGUUAUGUUUAUCAAUACUAUUGUAGAACAUGUCCUUAUUUAUUGUCGAAUAGAAGUUGCCCUCUUCACUAUAUAGUGCACACUAUGAUGAGUAUUCAUAUAUUAUACUUUGUAGCCAUUUUGUUGACCAAAUUUAUAUUUCACUUUACCUGGAACAGCUAUUUAACAGUUUCAGUUGUACUAUUUAUCGUGAAGAUUUUUUUUAUCAGUAAACACAUUGUGCUUUUGCCACACUCGUUUGUAACACUGGAUUUUAAUAGCAUUUGGGAAGAAGCCCGAGAAAUUUUCAUUCUUUGAAAAAAUUGUGACCUUUUAGUUGCUGGGUUGGUGCUUUUAUUACUCUGUUCAGUUAAAGGAUUCAUGACCGGCAUCUGAUCGUUUCAUUCAUUUGUCAUUUCAUGUUAGAAUUGGUGGAAUAAACCGUAAACCAAA